AUGAUGCUUCCCUCCACAUCGGCAUCCGUCUCCGGCUCCUCCUCCACCACCCACAGCCGCAGCCGUGUCGCUGAUCAUCCCCCUCCUCCUGCUGCCCAUCCUCACCCCGGGCAGCACGGCUAUGGUUACGGAUACGACGCCGGACGGGGACCAGCCCGACCCAGGUCGCCGAGUCCCCACAAGCGCCGCCUCUCGCUCGACUACGACGCCCAGUCCCCGGACUCCAAUACCUCGUCCCGCGACAAUGUUUCGGCUGCCGCCGACGAACAGCGGACCAAGAGGCGCCGCACUGCUCCUGGGUCCAGAGGGGUAGCGAACCUGACCCCCGAGCAGCUGGCCAAGAAGAGGGCCAAUGAUCGAGAAGCGCAACGAGCCAUCCGCGAGCGAACUAAGACCCAAAUCGAGACUCUCGAAAAGCGGAUACACGACCUGACGUCCCAGCAGCCCUACCAGGAGCUGCAGGCCGUCAUACGGCAAAAGGAAGCUGUCGAGGCUGAGAAUGCCGAGAUCAAGGGACGUCUGGCUUCCAUCAUAUCCUUGAUCCAGCCCAUACUGUCCAACCAGCAAGUUGAAGGUGCAUAUGCCUCCCCGGUCCCGACCCUCGUACCCUUCCAGUCCACGGUGCAACCGCCUCCGCCCUCUUCCCACUCUGCCCACAAUGCCUCGACACCUGUAAGUGUGGCCUCUCCGGUGUCGGCCGUGGAUUCGUCGUGGCACAGCCAAGGCCAUUCCGCCCAGCCGAGUCCGGGUUUCAACCCCAAGCAGUUGUUGAAUCAGCAGAGACACGACCUUCUCCAUACCUUGGAGCUCGGAGCCGGGGAGCAGCUGAAGCUCGACUUCCUCCUCGACCCCUCGCAGCGCGUGAACAGGAUACAGGCUGGACCGAAUGGGGCCCAGGAUACUCCGGGGUCGCGUCACCUCCCCAUGAAGCACGACUGGACCGCCGCCUCGCUCCCGCCGCCUCGCAGCAGCUCGGCCAUGAGCGGCGUCUCCCGGCCACACCAACAGCAGCAACAGCAGCGCAUCGACUAUACGCCCGAGAACACGACUACCCAAAGCCCGCGCGGGGCGUGGGUUGGUGACUCGGCCACGCUCAAGAAUACCGAACCGACCUGCCCCCUCGACAACCUCCUCCUCGACUUUCUUUUUGAGCGUCGACAGCGCGCAGCCGAAGGCGUGUCGCCCCAGGAGAUUGUCGGCCCGCGGUACCCGUCUGUAUCUUCGUUGCUGAAUCCCGCCAACAGCGCCCAUUCGCACCCGCUCUCCAAGGUGUUCACGGACAUACUGGCGACCUUUCCGGGAAUUUGUACCCUCCCUGAGCGGGUGGCGGUUCUCUAUAUCAUGUUCCUCAUCAUGCGAUGGCAGAUCAGUCCCACUCCGGAAAACUUUGGACUACUGCCUUCUUGGGCGGCACCCACGCCGGAACAGCUUGCCACACCGCAUCCGGCGUGGAUUGACCACCUGCCGUUUCCACGGAUGCGCGAAAAACUGACGCGCGAUUACAAUCCGCACGAUUAUCUGUUCGACGACUUCUUCAUACCCUUCACGAGCACCAUCUCGCUCAACUGGCCGUACGAGGGAACCGACGCCCUGCUGCAGAGCCCCGACGGUGCCGAGCUGUUGAUAAAUCCCGUUUUCGAGCGCCACCUGCGCCGCCUCGAGAACUGGACGCUAGGGGAUGCGUUUGAUCGUGCGUUUCCAAAGCUGAGGGGAACGUAUAACUUCAAGGUAGAUAGCAGAGGCAGUGGAAGUCGAAGUGUAACGAAGGAGGGUGUUGAUGAGCGGCUCGGUGAACGGUAG